AUGGCGGUAAUAUGGGGUCUCGACUUGAAGGAAAUGCAAUGGGGCAAGUUCAAGUCCGGGUACAUGUUUGGGAAUACAAUGUACCACAACCGCCGCACAAAGUUCAUCAUCUACCAACUCGCGAUGAUUCUCUGCGUUGUCAGUGAGAGUUUAGGAACGGCAGCGCUAUCUGAUUAUGUAGACCAGCAGAAGUUCGUCUCAAAACUUGACGGUAACGUCACGGUUCACAACAAUGACUUUGUCGGUAUUGCCUCGUACAACAUCUUCGUUGGCAUCUUCGUUGCCACCAUCUUCGGUGCUGCCUUCUUCUUCGAUCUUUUCUGGCCCGAGCGACAGGAGUCGAAGGGCGUCAAGACCGCCUGGAAAGUUUGCUCUGUCUUUGCUUGCAUGGCCGCGCUCGCCGACGCCCUGGCGUAUACAUAUAUCGUGGCCAGCAGGAGUGCGUACAUAACUGGUACGGAUCCUGCGACUGGUGGUUCAUUGUUGUCGCAGUUCAAAAAGGCCGGAGAAACUCCGCUUGCGUACAACAAGAACGGGCGCGCGAUUGCUAGUGUCGUAUUCUUGUGGCCUGGCAUGAUCUUCACAUUCGUCAGUACAUAUCUUCUGUGGCACUCAUUAGCCCACAUCGACGCUCACGGCCCGAUGUCAACACACGCCCGCAACGAGAAGGCGGCUACAGACGGCGCUAGUGUCGCGUCUACAAGUCUCGACGGCACAGCGCCAGUCACACAACCCGCGCCGACACAUACCAAGCCCGCCGUUAGUACCGUAUAG